CACAUACUUGAGUCACUGACGUUGUUUGGUACUGUCGGCCGAUAAUGUACAGGACAAAGUAUUUAACUCCAUCGCCCCCCGUCUUCCCUUCUGAUUCUUCACCCUCCCGGGACUUUUCUUCAUAAUAGCUUUCAGCACACACUAUCAAUAAUCGAAACACUCGCUGUGUCCAGUCUAACGCCAUUUGCGCUUACUGGUUCACCACUGUAGAUCAAUCACUACACUGCUCGGUCGGAUGGUGCCCAUCACUCACUGCCCAAAACGACCUACAUCAACCGACAUUGUCGGUUCUCACGCAUCCUUCAAGGAUCAUUGUUCCCGCCAGUCUAAUGCCAUUUGCGCUUACUGGUAGCACUAUCCCGUCGAUCAGAUCUGGCGCCCUGAUUGGCCCAUCUCUCCACAAAGCAAAUUACUGUAUACGGCUAGCCUAUGCCCUUUGCCCUACGCAUCUCAGGCCGCAGCCAACUAUUGUCUCCACAAUCACAACUGCAACCACCUCUUUCCUCUUUCAUCAUGGCUGUACACAGCGGAUCUUCCGCUCCGCCCUCGAUACCUGGCUUUCUCCUCAGUGCUCAGGACUCAGAAUCGCUUAAGCGAGACGUUGCCCAGCUCCUUGAGCGCGACAACAUACGAUUUCCUGGCGCCCAACCAGUAUCGUUUGCGCGCAAGCACCUCGCCGAGAUCCAGCAGCGCGAGUACUUCCUCUGUGAAAAGACAGAUGGCAUUCGCUGCCUGCUCUAUCUUACCUUCAUCGAUAGAGGCCAUGUGAUAGAACCACUCACCAUUCUCAUCGAUCGCAAGAAUAACUACUACGAAACCGAGGUUCCACUCCGGUUCCCUUAUCAUGCAAGUAUCCAGAACCCUGAACAGUUCCUUUACGGGACUGUCCUGGAUGGAGAGCUUGUCAACGAUAUCACGCCCGAUGGCGGUCGUCAGCUCAUCUUUUACAUCUUCGAUUGUCUCGCCGUCGACAACACCAACAUGACUGCGAAGACGCUCGAUAAGCGAAUCGGACACAUGCAAGAAAGAUGCAUCAAGCCGUGGCAAAAGUACAUGAAAUGGUCGCAAACCGGCCCUCAGCGAAACCCAUUUGUCGUCAAAGAAAAGCAAUUCCAACCAGCCUACCAUUUAUCAAACCUCUUCGACAACGUUUUGCCCAAUCUCAAACACGGCAACGACGGUCUGAUCUUCACAUGUAAAUCCUCUCGAUACGUUUUCGGCACAGAUCAAGGCAUCCUCAAAUGGAAACCUCCCCAUGAAAACACGAUUGACUUUCGUCUCCGUUUAGGUGACUUCCCGCUCUUUGAUCCAGAAGACGGCGAGGAAGGCCUCAUCCCAGACUACGAUGCGAUGCCAGAGAGCUUUCACUUGCUCGUAAACCAUGGCAGCCGCGACUACCGUCACUUCGCCAACCUCACAGUGACGCCUGAGGAAUGGACCAUGUUCAAGUCACUGGAGCAGCGCCUAGAUGGUCGCAUCAUCGAAUGCUACCGCACUGUCGAGGGUCAAUGGCGCUUCAAAAAGGAAGACGACGGCACACCGCGCUGGCGCGACGACAAAACCGAUGCCAACCACAUCUCCACGGUCAACAGCGUGCUUGAAAGCAUAGAGCAGCCUGUUACCGAGGACGAUCUGCGUCGAGCAGAAUCAAAAGUCAAAGAAGCAGUGUAUCGCUUGCGCAAGGAGGAAGCCGCGCAUUUUCAGCACGAGCAACAAGAACACGCCAAAAAGCGAAAGAUUGGUGAAGUCCAUAAUUGA